AUGUAUCAAUAUAUCAAUGUUGAACGAACAUCAAAGACUUCUAUUCGAAUUCAUCCUGAAAAUGGCUCUAUUCCAUAUUCAUACUCUCAAUGGCGUUCAAGUUCACUUAUGCCUCGUGCAAUUACGCCAUGUGAACAUGCUAUUUAUAUGCAUCUUUUAUCAAUACUCAUUGAAAAUGUUUUUAAUAAAUAUAAUAUUUCAUAUACGAUGAUGGCUGCUACACUACUCGGUAGUUAUACACGUCAUGAUAUAUUACCAUGGGAUGAUGAUGUUGAUCUAUGUGUUUCAGUUUCGGAUCGUUAUCGUUUACAAUCAAUUAUUAUUCGAGAACUUUCAGCAGAGCCCUAUUCAAUUAUUAUAAUGCAAUUAUAUAAUAAGCGUAAUUAUGAUAAGAUAUUUUUCUCCUGGUGUCCUCAUGCUGGUAAAGCACCAUGGCGUUUUCCUUUUAUCGAUAUAUUUUAUCAUGAUCAAAAUGCAACACAUGUUUGGCUAUUAGGAGAGCCGAUAAGUUGUCCGGUUCGUCUUGAAGAUGUAUUUCCUCUAAUACUUCGACCUUUAGGAGUAUUAUGGUUAUACGCACCUCGAGAACCAAUGGCUCACUUUGAAUCACGCAACAUGAGAUACAUUGAAACGGGCUGUUAUGCUUUUCCAUAUUCUCAUAAAUAUGAAAGAAUGUUGAGAAAUCGUGCUCUUUUUGUCUAUUGUACCAAACUGAAAUUCGUUUAUCCAUAUGUUGAACGACAAUGUGUAUUAAAUAAAUGUACUGAAUACCUGAAAUUGGGCAGUUGUGGAACAGGAAUAGUAUUAGGAUUUUAUCAAGCAAUUGUACAUGGUGAAUGUAAUCCAACAUUGAAUAUUAAUAAUAAAUUUGGUUGCUUUUAUCAAAAUUACAACUUAGUGGAAUUUAUUACGUGCUAUUUAAACUAUGACAUUCGUAUUUCAUCAAAAGAUCAUCCAUUACCUGUUCAAAAAAUUUUAAAAUCUCUUUGGUUUGUUAUAUCAUAUACAGAGAAAGUUCAUCGAUAUCGUUUAAAAUCAUUUGGCUGUCCAGUAAAUGAACAUAAAUAUACUAAAAAUGAAAGUGAACAUAUUACAGUUGUUGAUUACUUUCAUGAUACAUGGAAUAUUUGUUUAUAUUACACACAUUUACCUGUUGUUGAACUUCCACAUGAACCAGAUAAUCGACAAAUUCGUUUAGAAAGAGAUUUCACUAAUAGAAUUCUACAGGUUACGUCGAAAUAUGGUAUUCGAUUUAAUUCACCAUCUAUCGAAAAAUCUGAUGCAGCUGUGCCACAAACAAUAUUAGCUUGUAUGAAUGAACUUAAAAUACAAGGAUGUGAAGUUAUUCUUUAUAUACUUCAUCAAGUUGAAGAUGACAUUUAUCAUCUGAUUUAA